AUCGAAAUACCUCAAACUCCACCGACACUAAUCAGCCCCAUUAACGAAAAUGGCUUUUUAAUAGCAUUUUCGAGUGCUUUCUAACGACAGAACGCACCGAUGCUACAUUUAUGUCCGUGUUUGUCCGUAGACGGAGCUGAGCGAGGAUGAUCCGAUGGCUGACUGCCGUGGUGCUUCUGGCCCACAACCUGGCCGCCCAGGAGCCGGCCUCCCCGUGUCCCCGGUCCUUCAGGUACGAGCCGAGGAAUCCCGCCGAGCCCGACCGGAUCUACGGCGUCCUCACGCUGCUCACCGACCAGGACCUCAACGGCGUCUGGCUGAGGCUCAUCUUCGACAGACCCAGCCUUCAACUAGGGAAUUGGUUUGGUAUGGUGAAAACGGACGAUAAUAUAGUGUAUCGGAUACAAAACCGUAACAGGGUAUUGGAGAAGAACGUUCCGGUUCCCGUUCGUUUCUACAUCAAAUAUAACCCAGACGAGCCGAUUCCGAAGUUAGUGGAAUGGCGUUUGAAUGCGAAAACCGUUUGCCCGGCUUCUACGGCGUCGCGCGACACCGAAAGCUCGGAUAUGUACUUCACCAGUCCGGAAUUGACCACUCUUAGUACGCCUAUGAUGGGACAGAAUUCUAACGAUCAAUUUGAUAAGCUGUUCCAUUCAUCGCAAGGCAACAACGAGGACGACGACUUUUUCAUGGGAGACUUCGCCUUGCUGGGGAAACCCCGACCGUCCAAGCCCAUACUGGACGAAGUCCAAUGCGGCGUUGUCAUUAAAACCGCCCAGCCCCUCAUCACCUACGGCCAACCCACCCGAGAGGGUGAAUACCCCUGGCACGCAGCCCUCUAUCACGCCCGCGGCAUCGACCUGACCUACAUCUGCGGAGGCUCCUUGGUGACGAUGAAACACGUCAUCACCGUCGCUCAUUGCGUCACCAGGAGGAAAUCCCAAAGCGCGCUGCCGCCCAGCACGCUGAUGGUGUACCUGGGAAAAUACUAUCUCAAAGUGUGGUCGAAUCCGGGCAUACAAGACAGGCAAAUCGACAAGAUCAUCGUCCACCAACGGUACAAUUCGCACACGUUCAGCCACGACAUCGCCGUGUUGAAGCUCAACGAACCGGCCGAAUUGACGAAUUACGUGCGGCCUGUGUGCCUGUGGCAGGAGCAGACCAGCUUGGAAGCCGUCAUAUCUCGACAAGGCACCGUCGUCGGUUGGGGAUUCGACGAAACGGGCAAAGUCACCGAGCAACUGACGCAGGCCCACAUGCCGGUGGUCUCGCAGGAAACCUGCAUCUACUCGUUCCCCGAGUUUUAUUCGAGGUUCACGUCCGAUCACACCUAUUGCGCUGGAUUUAACAACGGUACGUCAGUAUGCAAUGGAGACUCGGGGGGCGGCAUGGUGUUCCCGAUGAAAGGAUCGAGUUCCUACAAUCCCAUUUGGCAGCUGAGGGGAAUGGUAUCUAUAAGUGUGGCGUUGCAGAACCAAUUCAAAUGCGACGCCUCUCACUACGUGGUUUUCACCGACGUCGCCAAAUAUACGGAUUGGAUCAAAAACGCUUUAGAAGUGUAG